AUCAACUACAAGGUCAAUAUGUAUUUAAUUUGUGUCCUCAUGGUUUUAUUUGGGGUCAGGUCAACUACAAGGUCAAUAUGUAUUUAAUUUGUGUCCUCAUGGUUUUAUUUGAGGUCAGGUCAACUACAAGGUCAACAUGUAUUUAAUUUGUGUCCUCAUGGUUUUAUUUGGGGUCAGGUCAACAUGUAUUUAAUUUGUCCUCAUGGUUUUGGUCAACUACAAGGUCAGUAUGUAUGUAUUUUGUGUCAUGGUUUUUUUUGGUCAAUGUGUAUGUAUUUUGUGUCCUCAUGGUUUUGGUCACCUACAAGGUCAACAUGUAUGUAUUUUGUGUCCUCGUGGUUUUGGUCAACAUGUAUGUAUUUUGUGUCCUCGUGGUUUUGGUCACCUACAAGGUCAAUAUGUAUGUAUUUUGUGUCCUCGUGGUUUUGGUCAACAUGUAUGUAUUUUGUGUCCUCGUGGUUUUGGUCACCUACAAGGUCAACAUGUAUGUAUUUUGUGUCCUCGUGGUUUUGGUCACCUACAAGGUCAAUAUGUAUGUAUUUUGUGUCCUCUUGGUUUUGGUCAACAUGUAUGUAUUUUGUGUCCUCGUGGUUUUGGUCACCUACAAGGUCAACAUGUAUGUAUUUUGUGUCCUCGUGGUUUUGGUCAACAUGUAUGUAUUUUGUGUCCUCGUGGUUUUGGUCAACUACAAGGUCAACAUGUAUGUAUUUUGUGUCCUCGUGGUUUUGGUCAACAUUAUGCAUUUUGUGUCCUCAUGGUUUUGGUCAACUACAAGGUCAACAUUAUGUAUUUUGUGUCCUCAUGGUUUUGGUCAACAUUAUGUAUUUUGUGUCCUCAUGGUUUUAUUUGGGGUCAGGUCAGGUCAAUAUGUAUUUAAUUUGUGUCCUCAUGGUUUUAUUUGGGGUCAGGUCAACUUCAAGGUCAAUAUGUAUUUAUAUUGUCAUGGUUUUGGUCAACUACAAGGUCAGUAUGUAUUUAUUUUGUGUCAUGGUUUUGGUCAACAUGUAUGUAUUUUGUGUCCUCGUGGUUUUGGUCACCUACAAGGUCAACAUGUAUGUAUUUUGUGUCCUCGUGGUUUUGGUCAACAUUAUGUAUUUUGUGUCCUCGUGGUUUUGGUCAACUGCAAGGUCAACAUGUAUGUAUUUUGUGUCCUCUAUGUCCUUCACAAAGCUAUAGCUGAUUUCAGUAGGUGGUUCUUCAUCCUCAAGAAUAGCUUCCCGUCGUCCUUCCUCGUCCUCGAGCUCAUGUCUCGUCUACCUGGACCCCCUUUGGAUUCCCUCUUUUCUUCCUGGACUUUGACCUCACGCCUGCCCACUGACCACGACGCCUCCCUCGACCAUCCACCUGCCCUCUGA